AUGCACUAUCUGAAGGGCCUCGUUCAAGGAGAGGCGCGCAUUCUCGACCCUAUCAAAAUAAGCGAGCAGGGCUACAAGGACGCUUGGCGAACGUUGCGGCUGCGUUUUGAGAACAACCGGCAGUUAAUCAAGUGUCACAUUCGGACGCUUUUCGACACUCCAGCGAUGCGCAAGGAAUCAGCUGAAGAUUUGCUUGCGCUGAUCGAUCGCUUCGAGCAGCAGAUAUCCGUUCUGAAGAGCUUGGGUGAACCAGCCGACCGAUGGAGCUCUAUCCUGGUUUACCAGCUAUCUAUACGCCUCGAUCCUUGUACGCUCCGGGAAUGGGAGAACCACUGUAGCAAACUCGAUGCUGACAACAUCGCUUCGGUUCUGGGAGGAACCGCCGGCACAUCAGAUGCGUCAACUUCAAUGCCAUCAUACGUGACGAUGGUAAACUUCCUCCAGAACUACGCUCGAGUUUUGCAAGCAGUUUCUUCAGCCUCUUCGAACACCGCUCCUCCUCGCAGCAAGCCAAAUCCGACAUCCAAGCUAGCAGCUUUUCCAGUCGCAGCUACACAGCAAACUGCAGUAUCCAGUGCACCCUCUUCCAGCGCCAGCAAGCCGAAGCCGUGCGACAAGUGCGGUGAGAGUCAUUACCUGUACAGCUGUCCGGAAUUUCGGAAACUCAACCUUCGCCAACGGAUCGACCUGGUAAGACAGAAAAACCUUUGCAUUAACUGUUUGAGAUCGAGUUCCCAUUAUGCCCGGAACUGUUCUGGGUCAAGAUGCCGUACAUGUACCAAGAAGCACCACACGCUUCUUCAUACAGAGCCCUCUGACGACAAUCCCGCUUCUGGUCAAGCCACCGGAUCAACUUGCUGUGUUGCCCUCCAGCCGACUCUCACCGCAGCAUCUGCGCUGCAUGCUCCAAACUCACUGUCACCCCAGUCUGUUUCGCAAGCUCCCAUCCAGCAACCGUCUACCUCUACCUCAAUCGCAAACUUAUCCCACAUUCAUGCGCCUUCCAUGAGUUCUCAGACUGCUCUCGUAUCACAUACUGGUGAAGUGAUUCCUGGAACCGUUUUCCUUCCGACUGCGCUAGUGGAUAUCCGUAACGGUAGAGGUCGCAUCGUCACUGCUCGUUGCUUGCUGGACUGUGCUUCCCAACGCAACUUUGUUUCUGGGGCUCUUUGCGAACGACUGCAGCUUCCUCGCAUCCGAUUGCCGCAUGCUAUCCCGAUAAGCGGAAUCGGAAACACUACAACGCUGGUUGAAUACCAGGCCACGAUAACCAUCUUCUCUCGAGUCACUCCCUUCUCCGUACAAUGCUCCAUGCUCGUUCUGCCUUCCAUUACCAUCAAGCUGCCCCAGUCGACGGUAGAAGCCCGCCACUGGCCGAUUCCAAAGCACGUGGAGCUUGCAGAUCCAACAUUCGCUGUUACUGGCGACAUCGACACGAUACGGCAGGAUAUCGCUCGGGGAAGAGUUACCGCUUCUGCAGAAUACAGAGUUCGGUUGGGUCGUCUCCGGAGUGUUUAUUGGAAAACCACGAUCACAGCGAUCCACGCAAGUGCCAGUUCAGUAAUCCCUGCACAAUCGAUGAAUUGGUCAACCGAUUCUGGCAGCUCGAAGAAGUCCACGAUGCAAAGGGAUGGCCGCUACGCCGUCAAGCUGCCCAAGCGUGACGAGCUGCUUUGGCAGUUAAAGGACAACAAAUACAACGCCACCCGCCGCUUCUUCUCUCUAGAACGCUCACUCGGUGCGAGUCCCGAUAAGAAGGCGAUGUAUCAGCAGUUCAUCCACGAGUACGUGAGAUUGGGACAUAUGCGGGAGAUUGGCCCCGAUGAAAUCGACGCGCAACCGCAAUACUACCUUCCACACCACGCUGUGACGAAACUCGACAGCACCACUACAAAGCUUCGUACCGUAUUCGACGCAUCAUGCCGCUCGAAGUCCGGUAUCUCGCUGAACGAUGUCCUGCUUCCUGGUCCCACAAUCCAGGACACUCUCGUGACGAUUGUCCUCCGUUUUCGAAUCCACCAGUUCGUGAUAUCUGCGGACAUUGAAAAAAUGUACCGGCAGAUUUUGGUCCAUCCCACCGACCAACCGCUGCAGCGAAUUCUCUGGCGCGACGAUCCCGAGGCUCCACUGAAGAGCUACCAGCUCCGCACCGUCACAUACGGCACAAGCAGUGCUCCAUUUUUGGCAACUAGGGUGCUGCAGAAGCUCGCCGAUGAUGAAGGGCAACAUUUUCCGCUGGCGGAACCCGCUGUCCGCCACGACUUCUACGUCGACAAUUUGCUGUCCGGUUCUGACGAUGCUGAAUCUCUCGCCGUUACCUGCAACCAAAUCAUUGCAAUGCUCGCAGGCGCAGGACUUCGUCUCCGACAAUGGUCUUCGAAUUGUCAAGCUAUUCUAGAUACCAUUCCGUUGGAGCUCCGAGACACUACUCGAUUUGGACCACGAGUCCUCCGUGACUGCACUUGGCCUCCGCUGGGAACCGUCGACCGAUUUUCUUUCGUUCAAGACGCCGAAUUGGAAGGAAUGCACGGUUUGAUUGGACCGACCAUUGCAAAGGCGAAAAUCAUGCUGCAGAGUCUUUGGAAACUCCAUCUCGACUGGGACACACCCGUGGCUAACGGAUUCGCUCACGAAUGGCAGGAAUUUCACCAGAAGCUUUCAGCACUUGCCCACCUUCGAGUUUUUCGCCAUGUGUUACGUCCGGGUUACGACCGCUUGGAGAUUCACGGGUUCAGCGACGCUUCAGAGUCUGCAUAUGGCGCAUGCAUCUAUCUCCGGUCAAUACCUGCCGGGGGCCCUUGUACAGUUCGCCUGGUGAUUUCUAAGUCCAAGGUCGCUCCGAUGGGGACUCAAACCAUUCCACGCCUCGAGCUAUGCGCAGCUCAACUCCUGUCCAGACUUCUUAAACAAGUUCAGGACAGCAUCGACAUAACCGCCACCACAUAUCUAUGGACCGAUUCUUCCAUCGUCUUGAACUGGAUAUCCGCAACUCCAUCGACAUGGAAGACGUUCGUAGCCAACCGAGUGGCUGAAAUCCAAGAGCUGACGUCUCACGCCGUUUGGAAUCACGUCCCAUCCGAAGACAAUCCCGCCGAUCUCGUUUCUCGAGGAAUGGACCUCGAUGAACUCCUCGCUAGUGCACUGUGGUGGAACGGACCGCAGUGGCUAAAACCAAUAUUCGCUCCUUGGCCAGCGAAGUACGUCGUCGUAGCGACCUCAAACUCAGACCAACCGGAGGUUCGACAGACUAUUGCCCUUCCGGUCGUGAGCGUAGAACCGUCAGAUAUCGUCGAUCGCUAUUCCAAUCUUCGUCAGCUACUUCGGAUCGGCACACUUCUUCGGCGUUUCGCCGCUAACUGCUUUCACCGGAAGAAUCACCAACCAAUUCUUGUCGGCCCGUUGACGGCUCUUGACAUUGAUCGCACUCUGCUCAAUCUGGUCCGUCGCAUACAACAGCAGUACUUUGCCAACGAGAUACGCCAACUUGAAACCGUCGGAAAAGUAAACCGUAAAUCCAAGCUACGGUAUCUGCACCCGACACUCGUAGACGGCAUUAUUCGUGUAGGCGGCCGGCUUCACAAUGCUGCAAUACCUGUCGACGGAAGACACCCGAUCGUCCUCCCCAAACAUCGUCUCACCGACAUGAUCGCCACGAGAGAACACCAUAAGACGCUCCAUGCCGGUCCCAGCUUACUGCUAUCCUCGUUGCGCCAAAGAUUUUGGCCUCUCGGCGGACGGAACUUGGUUCGCAACAUUGUUCACGGCUGCAUGGUAUGCGCACGUGCUAAAUCCAAGCCGCUGCAGCAGCUGAUGGGGGAUCUGCCAUCUGUUCGGGUCAACCAGGCGUACCCGUUUCAGAAUGUUGGCGUUGACUUGGCUGGGCCAAUGUACGUGAGAACGUCACUCCGAAAUAAGAGAUCGCCAUUCUUCAAAGCCUACAUCACCGUAUACGUAUGUAUGGCUACCAAAGCCGUGCACUUGGACCUUGUGUCGGAUCUGACCACUGGCACAUUCAUUGCGAGCCUGCGAAGAUUCGUCGGCCGUAGAGGAAAGCCUGCGCAUAUCUACUGCGAUAACGCCACGAACUUUGUUGGAGCACACCGAGAACUGGAAGAACUGCGGAAGCUUUUCCGAACUCAAGUUCACCAAGAUGCCGUAGCAAACGAAUGCGCAGACAACGGAAUACAGUUCCACUUCAUCCCACCCCGCUCUCCCACAUUCGGUGGAAUCUGGGAAGCCUGCGUGAAAUCCGUGAAGACCCUGCUUCGCAAAAUCCUCGGAAAUGCUCACCUAACCGAAACCGAGCUGCAAACCGCAUUGAUUCAGGUCGAGUCAAUGCUAAACUCUCGCCCAAUCACGCCGUUGCCGGACAAUCCAUCCGAUGAGCUGGCUCUGACUCCAGGACAUUACCUGAUUGGUCGUCCGUUGAAUGCGGUACCUGAUCCAGAUUGCCGUGAAGUUCCUGAAUCCAGGUUGUCUCGAUGGAAACGAGUACAACAGCUAACUCAGCACUUCUGGAGUCGUUGGCACAAGGAGUAUCUCGCCACCCUGCAAAGUCGCUACCGCUGGACAGAAGCCAUGGACAAUCUAGCCGUUGGUUCCAUCGUCGCUCUCAAAGAUGAGAGAGCACCGCCGUUGAAAUGGCCCCUGGGACGCGUGCUCAGCGUUCAUCCCGGCCCUGACGGCCUUGUUCGUGUCGCCACUGUGAAGUCGACCUUCGGCAUCGUUCAACGCGCCAUCCCGAAGCUCUGCUUACUUCCAAUUGAAGUUGCGCCACCCAUCGUAGCACAGAGUCCCGCACCAAUUAGCAGCCCUACGUCAACAACGCCAAAGGAAGGCCCUUGCUCAGGGAACCGAGCCGCCGGACGAGAUCCCGGCCCUUGCUCAGGGAACAGAGCCGCCGGACGAGAUCCCGGCCCUUGCUCAGGGUACAGAGCCGCCGGACGAGAUCCCGGCCCUUGCUCAGGGUACAGAGCCGCCGGACGAGCUCCCGGCCCCUACUCGGGGUAA